AACGAUAUUUCUAGAACGCACCCUCCUGACCCUGUAGGCAACGAACGCUCGUAGUGACAAGAAGUGGCGCCUAAAUUUUCUCUUCCUUGCUGCCGAAGAUCCCGUUUUAAUUGUAGCUAAUAACACUACAUAUUGGAAAUUAUCGAAUUCAAAAUACUAAAGAUCAUUUAUUUUGACACCUUUUAUUGCGAUGGCUAAAGACGAGGAAAUGACGCCAGAUUCGGUGCCGCGCGAGGCGGAAAAGAACAAGAAUCGUUCUCGAACUACACGCUCGAGCGCGGUUGAGCCUAGUGCUAGUUCCCCGGCAUCACUUUCACUCUCCUCCUCAUCACCGCCUGUCCUUUAUUCGCGUAAACAGCUCGAGACGCUAGUCGCCGAGAACAAGUUUUUCCGUCCUGACUACGUCAACGACCCGAUCGGCCGGGGCUGUUCGCGUCUCAGGUUGUUCAAUCAGAACUUUCCCGAAGUCAUUCUGUUUCGCGACCACCACGCCUGGUGUCCAUUCUGUCAGAAGGCCUGGAUUUUGCUCGAGGAGCUGCGGAUUCCGUAUGCCGUGGUGAAAGUGACCAUGCACAACUACGGCAAGAAAGAAUUCUGGUACACGAAAUACGUCUACGCGAAGGGCACUUUUCCCUGUCUGAUCGUGCUGAAAAGUAAGCAGCUGCAGGAAAAGGUGUUGCGUGCCAGUUUGGAAGAGGGCGCGGACCGAGAAAGUCUGAAGUCGAUGCAGGGUCUGGAAAAAAUGCCACGAAAGAGUGCGGACAGCGAUGUUGGUACGAUCGACACCAGCAGCGGCUUCGCUUUCCAAGCACCUUUGAGGAAUAAAAGCGGGGGGGAACAAGCGCAAGAGGAAGAGCAGGGGAAAAGCACCAGAAGACGAUCAUUGGGCUCCGAUAGUGUCGAUUCAUCUGCGCCGACUACUAAAUCCUUCAUGGAAACGCUACUUGGUACGGUGUCUUCAGCGACCGGAUCUAGUAGUAGUGUGGGCAGAGAGAGUACUAGGCGUAGCCAGCAAGGGGACUACGAGUUGAUCAACGACUCCACUCCGGUCAUGAUCCGCCUGGUCGAGCUGGCGCGGCAGAAAAUGCAAGACCAGACGACCCGCACCACAACCACAAGCCCGACACACGACGACGGCGCAAACGACAUCCACGACCUAUCCGACCCCGCGUGGGACCUGCGGGACAAGCAGACCGCGGCAAUUUGCUUCAACUUCAUCGAGGGAAAGCUGCUGCACUACUUCUACCGGUGGCUGUCGUGCCAAAACUGCGACUGGAACGACGCCAACGCAAAAGCGAUUGAGGCGGAAAACAAACGGCUUUUUUCACAGGUUUGCGAGGAGCUGUCGGGGCUGCUGAAGGUGAAUAUUAAACUGCGAACCUCACAAACGCAAUCAGAAUCAAACGGGACGAACACGAAGGUGGGAACGGGCAGAAUAAAGCUCAAAACCUUCUCUAUUUCGGACUGUGUUUUGCUUCCUUGGUUGGAACGGAUCAACUCGCAGUUGUUUUACUACAAGGGAUUCGACCUCCGUGCGGAAUUCCCGGUCAUUGCCGCUUGGUUUGCCAGCAUGGAAAAACGGAGCAGCUAUCUGAUGAGCAAGGGAGAUUUCUUCACGCACACGCACGCGAUUCCACACCGGAUCCGGCCCUGCUUUUUCGACGAGUGGACGGUUGGAAGAACGGAACUGCAAAACUGCUGGCAGGCGGUAGAAUGUGGUGGCGGGGCCGCCGCGAUUGUUGGCUGUAGAGCUGUGCCCGACGCGUGGGACUCGGAGGUUUGCUUUGAAGGUCCUACCAGUACGACCUUCGACGAAGACAAUGGCCGCAGCGAAAUUUUGGCGAUGCCCUCGACCUCCCAAGAGCAGCAACAACUCCUCAAGUCCGCUUCUUUCGAAGCUGCCUACAGGGUCCUCCGGUUUUGGGACGUUUUGGAAAGCAAAACGGAAAGUGUGAAGAUAGUGGAAGACAAAAACGCCUUUGACACAGCGAUGCGGUUGGUUGUCAUGAGGUUGAUCGUAUUUGGUGAAAAUGAUGAUGUCGCAAGGAGGAGCUCCAGCGUUCAUACGAUCUCCACCGUUCCUGUUGAGGAAAUUCCGAACCCGGAGCAAGUUCUUUUGGUGAUUCAGUACUUCAAGGACCGGAUCAGUAUACCGCGGGACAUGGGGUACUACGCCGGGAAGCGCUUCCGGCAAGUGAUGUUUUCACUGAUCGAAGAACUUUGUCGACGGCUGAAAAAAGAUCCCUUUGACUGUCCGAUUCCCAUUCCCUAUGACAACCGGUACGAUGUACGGCCGGAUAAGUUUGUUGGAAAACAGCACUAUGAAGAAAUCCCAAAAGUCUUGCAAGUAGUCUUGUUUCGAUGAAUUGCAUCUUCAUGAGCGAUGGCACAAAUAGAAUAGAUACGAAGAAAUUCCAAAUAAAGUAUGUUGAAGUUUGCCCAAAUUUACUACUGCCGCUGCCCGCUCAGUUUCAAAGCAUGACGCGAUUUCUUACAGGCACCGACGGCAGAAAAAUCAAAAGUUAGAAAACAGUAACUUAUCGUUUUGCUAAUGUGAAUGCUUUCCGUUUCACGUGGUUUCUGAGGAAGUCUGAUCACAUAGUAGUUUUCGCUUAGAGGUCGUUUCUUUACCUCAUUAUUGGACGCCAUCGACCUUUCAAUUGCGUAUGUGUGUGUGCAGUAGCAGAGAGCCUGAAAUAC